AGUGUUAACAGUAAAUUGCUAAUAAUGCAAAUACUAUAUGUGGCAGAAACCUCAUUAUCUGUACCUUGUUGAUCUACGUCUUUUGAUCGGCUGACUCUAUUCAUAGGUUAUCUGAUUAGCUGAUUCCCUAGUUUUGUGGAAGUCCCCCGGGCUACAUAGAUCCUUCUUUUCUUUCUGUUUGCUGACCUACUUAUAUGCAAGAGGCUUUGAAAACUAUUGCUGGAGCUUCUUCCUUUUGUUCCUUCUCCCCCUUCAAAAUCACAUGCCUAGCCUAGUUGAGCAUGAAUCUUUUAAAACUUUGCAGCUCUCAUUAGCGCCAGCAGCCUCUCUAUAAUGUAUCUCUCUAUAUUGCUUCAUUGUCUUUAUAGAUUCAUUGUUCGAAAAACAUUAAUUACAGAGUGUAACAUGCACACGGCAAAUGCCAUUGAUUAGCCUGGGUAUUUAAAAAAAAAAGAUAAUUACAGUCAGAAGGCUUUUCCGAGGCAUCCUGGAUUGAGGGCUGUGUGCUAAUUGCUCUGUUUAAGGCUCCAAAUUAAUAUGAGGCAAAACACAGUAAUCAUCUGAAGGGGAAUAGAUCAAAACAGUUUAAGUGGGAUCACAGUGAGGGGCUUUAUUGCUCUAUCCUCCCUUUUUUCCACAUCACAUUUUUACAGUUUCAUUAUAAGGAAAAAAAUCUGAGUGUGGGAGGGGGAGAAGGGUGGCUGUAUUAUGAAAAUAAGUAGCAUUACUCCUUAAAUCUCAGAACAAGAGAGCGAGAGAAAGCAGAUUGACUAGAGUGGUACCCAAUGGUGAAACACAGCACUUUUCAUCCGCAGAAGAAACUGCAGCAUCCUCUACUGCAGAAGCGAUUUGUCCAUUGGCUUCUCCACAAGCAUGUGACCAACCGAGCUCUUUCUCUGUGUUUUUUCCCCCUUUCCUCUUCCAUCUGUGUGCAGAGCACUGAUAGGCCGGGCUGAUGCGCAGACAAUUUAUCAUCUUGAUCUCCCACUGAGUCAGGGAGCUCUCCUGUCACCAGUAUUGAUUUCAGAGGAUGGACUAAAUUUCCUAGGAUUUCCAUUAAGAAUUAAGAAAAAAAGCUAUAAGCACGCAGGGUAGCCAGGCAGACAUGGAUAUGAGAUGGCACUGUGAACCCUCUCAGACCACAGAUGACAUCUUGGUGGCCUCAGCUGAAUGCCCCAGCGAUGAUGAGGACAUUGAUCCCUGUGAGACGAGCUCAGGUGGGUUAGCAAGUCCCACCAAACCAGGACGGGGAGGAUACCCAAGUUCUGAAGAGGUGGUUCGGGAAUCCAGCAGCACAACUGGCAUGGUGGUUGGGAUCGUAGCAGCAGCUGCUCUGUGCAUUCUCAUUCUCCUCUACGCUAUGUACAAGUACAGGAACCGAGAUGAAGGCUCCUAUCAUGUUGAUGAGAGUCGAAACUACAUCAGUAACUCAGCACAGUCCAACGGGGCUGUGAUUAAGGAAAAGCAACCCAACAGCUCUAAAAGCUCCAGCAAAAAUAAGAAAAACAAGGAUAAGGAGUACUAUGUCUGAUCCCAACAACUGGAAAGAACAAUUGUAUAGAAAUAGUCUUCAUUUUAUCUUGAGACAUAAAACAAAACUUAUUUACUUUACUUUUUAUGAAGCACAUACAAAGUUUAAAAAAUGGGGAAAGGAAUAUGGGGAAUGCAAUUAGAAAGGAAAGACAUUUUAACAAAACAAGGAAUGACAAAAUGAAAUAAGCAUUUCAUACUCUGGUUUCUCUGAAACGGGAGUCAGUAAACCCCCUUACGUUCACAGUGUUUUCAUUUACUCUGCCAUCUUUCUGUUGCUGGAAUGUUUCUGAAGAAGAUGUUGGUACUACUGCACACUCAUAAGGCAAAGAGUAUUACUCCAAAACAUCACCCAGCACAACACAAAUUGUGACAAACUGAAACAAAAGAUGAAAUAAUGCACACACCCACAGUAAAGAAGCUACCUAUCAGUCUGGAUUUAGCCAAAGUGCUAGCACUUUUCUGAGGAGUAAGUCAAUCUGAUUAUCUGACAAGACUUCACCAUUCGACACAAGCCCUCAAGAAGCAAAGGUUGAAACUGAGCUUGCUAUCUGGUGCAACGAAACAAUGAUUGGAGCUUGGGUUUGAAAUAAAGUGCUGGCUUUUCUGAAUAAACCACAUUUAAAAACAGAAGAAGCAAACAUUUUUGAAAAAAGCCCCUUUCUGGUUGUGAGGAAAAAAAUAUAGCGGCCUUAUUUUCAAAAAUAACAAUAAACAAAGAAACAAAAUACAUGAAAUAUAAGGCUUAUUUUCACACACCGUUACCAAUAAAUCCUAAACUGAGGGCAUAGAUGCGAUCAUUGGAAUAAAAAAAUCAUGCACGCUUAGUAUGUUAUUACCUAUGUUUAUAUUAAAAACACAUCUAUAUGUGCUUUCUGGACUGUGAUAAGUGAUGUUUUCUAGCCUGUUGUAUAGAAAAUGCAAACUAUAUCUGCUCUUCAACCAUUUUUGGUAAACUCAAUGUUCUAAGUGUUGCUAGGUAUAGAAUGUUUUAUGACAUCUGGAGCAACCAACAUUUCUCUUUACUUUUACAGCCAUGAGAAACUGCCACACUUUGUAUUCCCUUCUUGUCUUCCUCCCUCCCUCCCUUCCUUCUUCCCUUCCUUCCUAGGUUUGAUUUUAAUUUACAGUGUAGUAAAUAUACUAAACAGGAUGUGUAUGAAUGUAUAUAAGAGUCAGCUAAUUUUCUUCUUAACUUGUACAGCCUCUCUUCUUUUGCAGUUCAGUUUUAGUAGUUUGUAUGAAAGAAGUGGACUUUAGAAAGCAAAUAUAUAUAGAUAUAAACUUCAUAAUUUUCUUCACCAAUUGUCUUUCCUCUCCUAUGAUACAUUAGCAAGAUCAAUCACAAUUAUGUGAUUUUAGCUCCUUUCUCUUCUUACCCAUUAAACCCAACAACUGUUGAUUUAAGUGACCUUUACACUCUAGUUCAACUUUCUGGCUACUUGUCCAGGAAUUGAGAAAAAGGUUGAAUUCCAUGAUACCUUUCAUCUAAACCUUUAUUAUCAUUUGCUUUUUAUUUAUAGUACAUCAUUAGAGAGUUGGUUGGUAAAGAAAUUCAGAAAUUUGCCCUUUAAAGUACUCUAGCUCCUCUCACUAAAGCCGCCCCAAGUUAGGAAAAAUACUAAUGUUCUCAACAUAAACUAUACAAAACAAGAACAAAAGUUGCACCUUUUGUCAAAUGAGGAAUGAUUCUCCUUUUAACUAUUUUUUAGUUGCCCAGCUCUUACUCUGAGCUUGAACAGAAUUUGUUCUUCUAAGGUAAUGAAUACAGUGGUUUGGUAAAAAACAUUCUCUAAGAUUCUCUGCAAAGACACAUGACUAAACAUUACAAACAUUCUGGUUUAUAUACAUGCUUAUGUUACAAAUUUGCAAGUUUGUUUUUUUAACAACAAAGUGACUGCUGCACUGGGUUCCCAAUGAUAUGUCAUUCUGUAGCAUCUUACUUAGAGAGAUAAAAAUACAUUACAUGGAAAGAUAGUUCGGUAGAAAACCUGCCUUAUUGUAGAAGGACUCCUGGGAGAAUGUUCACACAUUACAGACAGGAAAAAAAGGAAUUUAAAAUUAGCUUUAAUCAACAAGGCACUGUAUUUUCUUGUAUGCUGUUUGCUGCUGUUAAGGCAAAAGACUGGGAACUGGUGUUCAACAGAGCAAUACUUUAGAAAUACAGUAGAACACUGCUAAAUGAUUUGUAUAAUAUGCUUUGUAUAAAGGGCUUGUGAGAGAAGAAAGGAUGAUGCAUGUGACUAUCUGAAAGCUAUUUUGCGCUCAAGAUAAUCUGAAAUUGUUUGGCCAAUUGUCCUUGUAUCUACCACCUUUUGCUGAGGGGAGGGCAGGAAUAGGUUCAUCCUGCAUUAUAACCAUGACAGAAACCUGGCAAGCCAUCAGUGAAGAAUGGAUAUUCAUAAUCAGGAGAAAGAGUUUAAGCUUUGUUAUUCACCUAUGGCAAAGUUCAUAUGUGACUUCAUAUACUCGCUUUGUUACCCAACCUUUUCCCCAAGCAAUUAACAUACUUACUUUAAAGGGUAAGUGAUGGGAGAUUGCUACUUCUAGCAAAGGUAUUUCAAGUUGAUUUUUGAGGAGUUACUUCUGUUCUUCCUUGUUGAUUUUGUGAUUUAAUAAUGAGCAAAAAGUGUUUGCAUUUAUCAAAUGUUUGCAGUAGCGAUAUUAAAACAGGUUUUUUUUUUCAAAAUUGCAUAACAAAUUCAUUAAUACCAUAUCUAUAAUAAUCUAAUUUGUUUGACUAACGCUGCAAUCCUAUGCAUAAUUAGGGGGGAAGGGAUCAGUCCCAUAUAAUCAUUGGGACUACUUCUGGAUAAACAUGCCUAGGAUUCUGCUGGGAUGAGAUGGCUAUGGGUUGUUUUUUUUAUUACUGUAUUGUGUUGUCUUUUUUUUUAACAAAACACUAAAAGAAUAUGUGAAAUUAUUCAUUCCCAAAAUAUUAAAAAAGUUCAGAAGCCCUUAACCUUAUAGUGCUUUCUGUGAUAGAUAUUUACAAUUUUUUUUAAUUGUUGCAAGGCCAAUUUAUCCAUUAUUGGAAAUGCUAAGCAAGUGGAAUUUACCGUUUUGUUAAUAAAAUGUUUCUUAAUACAA